GCUUACCCUGGCAACCGUCGCCCUUCAGGUUGCCUGGCAACGGUUGCCGAGGGGAGAUUGUUCUCCCGCAAGGCCAUUUUUCCCCUUCUUUCCUCCUGGGAAGGCUCGGGGCUCCUCAGCAUGGCCUCUGCCUCGGUGCUGGUGGCCCAAGAAGAGGCCGCCGGGCCUUCGGCCACUUACUCUUACUGCAGCCGGCCUCGGGCGGUCCCGGCCCGGCGGCGGUACCGCACCUCAUUGGAGCCCAAUGACCUGGAGGAGGAGCCCGUGCGCUAUGCAAACCUCAUGUACGAGAGACGUGUGGUCCGUGGGAACACCUACGCCCUCCACGUUUUACCGUGGAGUAGCGAACCGGACCCCCUCGAGUUGCAAAGACAGAGGGAAGCCCAACGCAAAGCCCUCGCCCGGAAGCGGGCCAACGAGCAGCUCCGGACCAGGACCCCCGACCCCUUGGAGGGCCGGCGGCAUGUGGACGUACAAACAGAGCUGUACCUGGAAGAGCUUGCGGACCGCAUCAUUGAGGUGGACGUGGAGUGCCAAACGGACGCCUUUCUGGACCGGCCAGCCACUCCGCUCUUCGUCCCUGCAAAGACUGGAAAGGAUGUGGCUACUCAGAUAUGGGAAGGAGAGCUUUUCGAUUUUGACCUCGAAGUCCGUCCGAUGCUGGAGGUUCUGGUGGGGAAGACUAUCGAGCAAGCCCUGCUGGAGGUGAUGGAGGAAGAGGAGCUGGCCGAUCUGCGAGCCCACCAGUACGCCUACCACGAGCUGCGCCUGGCCGAACUUGCUGAGGUCCAGCGCCUUGAGGAGCAGGAGAGGCGGCACAGAGAGGAGAAAGAACGUCGUAAGAAGCAGCAACUGCAGGCCCUGCAGAAGGAGAAGGAAACGUCGGAGAAAAUAGCCGCCCGGGCCUUCGCUCAGCGCUACCUCUCCGAUCUGCUCCCCUCUGUCUUCGGGAGCCUCCGAGACAGCGGGUAUUUCUACGACCCCGUGGAAAGAGACAUUGAGUCAGGCUUCGUUCCGUGGAUGAUGGACAAGGUUGAAGAAACCAUGGAGAAGCGCGUGCUCGGGAGAACAAUAGCCGACAGCCUAAUUCGCCAGGUGACAGAAAUGCGGCUGGAAUCUUUCCAGCAAGGGGUGCUUCUGUACCCCUACCAAGUGGAAGUUGUGCAGCCUCCCGAGGAAGAGGAGGGUGGACAGGAGCCAGCGGCCGAGGAAGUGGUGGCCGUUUCCCCUGGAGAACCGGAAGCCAUGGUCCAGCCGGACGCGCCUCUUCCACCAGAACCAUCCGACCUGCUGGACGUGGUGGAUCCUCUGGGAACACCAGCCCAGCCAGAGGCUCCCAACGAAACGGAUGUGUCUGAUCGGCCACAGAUCGUGGGUCAGCCCGAAGUUCCUGAUCUGCCAGAAGUGCCCGAUCAGGGCAAAGGGGAGGGAGACCCGGAAACGGAUCCCUCUGGACACCAGGAAUAGCCAAACGAAUCAGGGAAACUCUGCCAGGAAGACGUUGUGUUGCUGAUUCUUUGGUAGAAAGGAAGAAAGAAAGAAAAAAGGACAGAAAUAUUGAAUUUAAUUUUAGUCCCGGUGGACAAGUAAUAAAUCGAAAGCUCUAUUUUUCCCCCAAAAAAAUACCUUCUAGGUCUUGGUUCUCCUAACAAGAAAACCACUCAGUCCUGAUGCCCAGAAAUCUUUACUGUUAGUUUCCGAUGUUUGUUUUUUCAUCCGUCACAUCAGGUGUUAUUGCAUCAAAUGUUUAAAUGUGAGGAUUUUGCUGUUGUUGUUAAAAAUGUGCUCAAUCCUAGGGGAAAGGUUGACAAAUGUUGGUUCUUUAAGUCCUACAGAUGUGACUUGAGUUAGAGAUUAAUUAACCAGGAAAAUGAACAUGCCUUUGAUUUCGGAGGGAAUGAAUGAGAAACGUCUGCCAGUUUGUAGGUUUGGGUUUGAGAAACUUUAUUUUUAUACUUAUGUCUUAAAGUUUAUGUACAUGUUAAUGUAUAUGUUUAUACAUAAGUUUAUGUAUAGACAUAUAUAAUGUUAUAUACAUAUAUAUAUAUAUAUAUGAUUUAUAGAAAACAUAGAAAAAUGUAGAGUUAUUAGUUGCUCCUGAAGUCUGAUAUGUUUGUGACUUCCAUAAUACAGACUUUUAAAAUAUAUAUAUUAUUUUUCUGGUAUAACAUGGAAUCACUGAAGAGGUACACACGUUGACUAAAGUUAUAUCCCCUGUGUCCAUCCCUACUGGUGUUAAUUAUUUCAUUUUAAAAUAUGCCAUGUUGCAAAAUAUUCUUUAUUCAGGACCGCUUGAGUUCAGAAGGCACUGAAUUUUCUUGGAUAGCUCAGUACCAUCCGCUCUGUUCUGUUUUUAGCUGUGUCCAGUGGACAUUGUUCAUGUCCUCAGGCGUGUGCGUGUGUGCGUCCAUAAAGAAAUGCAUGCUAGGCGCCCCAUGCUGGAAAAUUUAGACUGAAUUUCAAACUGAUCAUAAAUCUGAUUUUAUGCCUGACUUCCGCAAAAGGAGGAACUUGAUCAUUCUUUUUCUAUGACCCGAAAGAAACCAUUGAGCAGGUAAACAGGGUGGCUCACUUUGUUGAUCAGGGCACCUUUGCUCCC